AUGGAUGGGGAGGACGCCAUCGACACGUUCAUGGCCCUCACCAAUGCUCCCAGGCACGUGGCCCAGCAUGUACUUGACGCCCAUGCUGGCGACCUGGAGGCUGGCAUCAGCUUCUACCUGGAGGGAGGCGGCGUGGGCCACGGCGUGACCGGCCCGAGCGGCAGCCUGGAUCCCGUUCUGUAUACCGCCGCACUGUCUGCGCAGGAACAGCCGAGGAGCAGCCCUCUCACAGCGCUGGUGGACCCCGACCUCGACGACGAGGACGAGCCCGGCUUCGCGGGGCCGGUCUCGGGAUGGGACGGGGCAGGCGAGGCCUUGGGCGACGACGGGGAGUGGCCUGCCCGGCCGCCGGCGGGGCCAGCCACACUGGCGGCGGCCGCCGGCCUGCCGGACGUCGACCUGGAGGAGCAGCGGAUGCUGCUCGCCGCCUACGCGGGCGAGGCCUACGAGCCGCCUCCGGCCCCCGGGCCAUCCGCGGCCGGACCCCUGUCGCCGCGCGCGCAGGAGCGGGCGGUGUUGCGCUCCGAGCAGGACGCCGCCUUCCACGCCUCGCUGCAGGCCGACCGGGCCAAGGCGGAGGCCGCGCGGGGCGCCGCGGAGCGCGCGGCGCGCGAGGCGCGCGAGGCGGCGGAGGCCGCCGAGGACAGGGCGGCCCUCGAACGCGAGGCGCGCGAAGCGCGGGAGCGCGAUCUGGACGAGCGGGCUGCGCGCCUGCCGGCCGAGCCGGCGGCGGAGCGGCCGGAUGCCGUGCGCUUGCUGGUCAGGCUGCCAGGCGGGGCGCGCCUGACGCGGCGGUUCGGGGCGGAGGACGCCGUGCCGGCCGUGUUUGCGUGGGUGGACGUCAGCUGCCGUGACGACCCGGCGGCUCCCACCCCGGGGUCCUAUCGCUUGGUUGCACAGGCCUUCAGGCUCGGCGCCCCCGCCCGCGGCAACCCCCUGGGCGAGGCGUGGGUCCUGAAGCCGCUGCGAAAGAAGGGGACCACCGCGGGCCUGGCCCCUUGCGCCGGUGGCUAG